CGGCUGAGUGGCUGCCUUCCUUCGGUUUCUCGUCCAUUUCUACAGCAGUCAUCGUCAAGUGAGGUUGGAUUAAAAACUAGUGAAGUUAUAAAUUUUAAAAAAAUAUGUGCUUUUUCAAUUUGCAACUGUAAAAAAGCGAUAAAUUUGUUCCCAACAGAUAAGAUGACCGCAGCGGAAAUGACUGAUAAAUGAAAAUAGCAAAACAAGCGGAAAGGUUAUUUUGCUUGAACUUUUGAAAAGUGUGUAAACAUCCUCGCCGGCCAACAAGCGGCGGCGGCACCGAAAUCGAAGCGCAAUGUAUUUAUACAACUUUAUCCUACAGCGCGCAACCGGGAUAACCCACGCGGUCCAUGGCUGCUUUGCCGGAACCAAACAGCAGGAGAUCCUGCUGUCCAAGGGCAAGAGCCUGGAGCUCGUCCGGCCGGAUCCGAACACUGGCAAGGUGCACACGUUGCUGCAGACGGAAAUCUUUGGCGUGAUUCGGUCGCUGAUGUCGUUCCGAUUGACCGGAGGAACAAAAGAUUAUGCAGUCGUCGGUUCGGAUUCGGGACGAAUCGUGAUCCUGGAGUACAACCCAGCCAAGAAUCAGUUGGAAAAGGUUCAUCAAGAAACAUUCGGCAAAUCCGGAUGCCGUCGCAUUGUUCCGGGUCAGUUUCUGGCCAUCGAUCCAAAGGGCCGUGCCGUAAUGAUCGGGGCAAUCGAAAAGCAGAAACUGGUUUACAUUCUGAAUCGAGAUUCGGAAGCAAGGUUGACCAUUUCCUCCCCUUUGGAGGCACACAAAUCAAGUACGCUAACGUAUCACAUGGUCGGAGUGGAUGUUGGAUUCGAAAAUCCCAUGUUUGCUUGUUUGGAAAUCGAUUACGAAGAGGCAGAUUUGGAUCCCAGCGGAGAGGCGGCUGCCAAAACGCAACAGACCUUGACUUUCUAUGAAUUGGAUUUAGGAUUGAAUCACGUCGUACGAAAAUAUUCGGAACCGCUUGAAGAGCACGCCAACUUCUUGAUUUCCGUUCCCGGCGGAAACGAUGGUCCCUCCGGUGUGUUAAUUUGCUCGGAGAAUUAUUUGACUUACAAGAAUCUUGGGGACCAGCACGAUAUCCGUUGUCCGAUUCCCAGAAGGCGCAAUGACCUUGACGACCCAGAGCGUGGAAUGAUUUUCAUCUGCUCGGCAACCCAUCGAACCAAGUCAAUGUACUUUUUCCUGGCACAGACCGAACAGGGCGACAUCUUCAAAGUAACAUUGGAAACUGAUGACGACGUGGUGUCUGAGAUCAAACUGAAGUAUUUCGAUACUGUGCCUCCAGCUACUGCUAUGUGCGUCCUGAAAACCGGCUUUUUGUUUGUGGCUUGCGAGUUUGGCAACCACUAUCUGUAUCAAAUUGCCCAUCUUGGCGAUGACGACGACGAGCCUGAAUUCAGUUCGGCUAUGCCGUUGGAAGAGGGAGACACUUUCUUCUUUGCGCCUCGUCCUUUGAAGAAUCUGGUCAUGGUUGACGAAAUUCACUCGUAUGCUCCAAUUUUGGGCUGCCAGGUAGCUGAUUUGGCCAACGAAGACACUCCGCAGCUGUACCUGGCGUGUGGUCGAGGACCGCGUUCAUCGAUACGAGUGCUCCGCCAUGGAUUGGAAGUAUCGGAGAUGGCCGUUUCGGAGCUUCCCGGUAAUCCGAAUGCUGUCUGGACUGUCAAGAAACGUAUUGAUGAGGAAUUCGAUGCGUACAUCAUCGUGUCGUUCGUGAAUGCUACCCUGGUACUGAGCAUCGGCGACACCGUCGAGGAAGUCACCGACAGUGGAUUCCUGGGAACGACACCGACGCUGAGCUGUUCGGCUCUCGGUGAUGAUGCUCUGGUGCAGGUCUACCCGGACGGCAUUCGACACAUCCGGGCGGAUAAGCGUGUCAACGAGUGGAAAGCCCCGGGCAAGAAGACUAUCACCAAGUGUGCCGUUAACCAGCGGCAGGUGGUAAUUGCGUUGUCCGGUGGGGAGCUGGUGUACUUCGAGAUGGACCCGACUGGCCAACUGAACGAAUACACCGAACGCAAGAAAAUGCCCAGCGACGUGAUGUGUAUGGCGUUAGGUUCUGUUCCGGCAGGAGAGCAACGAUCCUGGUUCUUGGCCGUCGGCUUAGCUGACAAUACGGUCCGCGUCAUUUCGCUUGACCCAAGUGACUGUCUUUCGCCUAGAUCCAUGCAAGCGCUCCCUUCUUCCGCCGAAUCGCUGUGUAUCGUCGAGAUGGGAACCGGAGACACCAACGAAGAGGGUGUUGUCUCGUCUGCCGGUUGCUUCUAUCUGAACAUUGGCCUAACGAACGGUGUCUUGCUACGGACUGUGUUGGAUCCGGUAUCGGGUGAUCUGGCCGAUACACGAACCCGUUAUUUGGGAUCCCGUCCGGUGAAAUUGUUCCGCAUCAAGAUGCAGGGAUCAGAAGCCGUGCUGGCCAUGUCCAGCCGAACUUGGCUGAGUUAUUACUUCCAGAAUCGAUUCCAUUUGACCCCGUUGUCGUACGAAACACUGGAAUAUGCAUCAGGAUUUUCGAGCGAGCAAUGUUCCGAAGGUAUUGUGGCUAUUUCAACUAACACGUUGCGAAUUUUGGCGUUGGAAAAGCUGGGUGCAGUAUUCAACCAAAUUACCUUCCCCUUGGAAUAUACGCCGAAGCGUUUCCUGAUUCACAAUGAGACGGGAAAACUGGUCAUCAGUGAGACCGACCACAACGCUUACACGGAGGAAACAAAAACCAUUCGUAAGAAACAGAUGGCGGAUGAGAUGCGGGAAGCAGCUGGUGAAGAUGAGCAGGAGUUAGCCAAUGAGAUGGCUGAUGCGUUUAUCAACGAGGUGCUUCCGGAAGAUACAUUUUCGGCUCCGAAGGCAGGAACAGGAAUGUGGGCAUCACAAAUUAGAGUAAUGGAUCCAAUCAAUGGACAUACCUACUCGAAAGUACAAUUGGCGCAGAAUGAAGCCGUGCUGUCCAUGGCCUUGGUGCGGUUCGUCGUCGACCAGAAGUGGUACGUUGUGGCAGGUGUUGCCAAGGAUCUGCAAAUGAAUCCCAAGAUUGCUAACGGAGGCUUUAUCGAUGUGUACAAGUACGACAUUCAUACGCAUCAGCUGGAGCAUUAUCACAGAACAGAGAUCGAUGAAGCUCCUGGGGCAAUUGCCGGUUUCCAGGGACGAGUUCUGGUCGGAGUCGGACGGGUUCUGAGGAUCUACGAUCUCGGUAAGAAAAAACUGCUGCGCAAGUGUGAGAAUAAACACAUUCCCAAUCAGAUCGUCAAUAUCCAAGCGAUGGGCUCGAGGGUGUUCGUUUCCGAUGUUCAAGAAUCGAUCUACUGUAUUAAGUACAAACGGGCGGAGAAUCAGCUGAUCAUUUUCGCUGACGAUACUCACCCACGGUGGAUCACGACUUCCACACUGCUCGACUAUGACACGGUUGCGACGGCCGACAAGUUCGGGAACGUUGCCAUUCUCCGACUGCCGCAUUCAGUCUCAGAUGAUGUUGACGAGGAUCCGACCGGAAACAAAGCUCUGUGGGAUCGAGGUCUGCUAAAUGGUGCCUCGCAGAAGGCCGAGAACAUCUGUACAUUCCAUCUGGGCGAAACGAUUAUGUCGCUGCAGAAGGCUACCCUGAUUCCGGGUGGAUCGGAGUCGCUUAUUUACGCAACGAUGAGCGGCACUGUGGGAGCGCUGGUGCCGUUCACCAGUCGGGAAGAUUACGACUUUUUCCAACAUUUGGAGAUGCACAUGCGCAACGAGAAUACACCGCUGUGCGGCAGAGACCAUCUGAGCUACCGGAGCUACUACUACCCGGUGAAGCACGUUAUGGACGGCGAUCUGUGCGAGCAGUUUACCUCGAUGGAUCCGGCCAAGCAGAAGAGCAUCGCGUCGGAUUUGGGCCGGACACCGAACGAGGUGGCCAAGAAGCUGGAGGACAUCCGGACGCGGUACGCGUUCUAAGCUACUUUGUGGCGAUUUGCGAGGGAAUGUACACUUGGAGGUGCAGAGUACAGCCGAUAAAAAGAUCUUAACUGUAGAGGAAAAAUGUGAUUCCGUAACAGCCGAAGAACAUUGAAUCCAACAUUGUGCUGACAGAAUCACCAAACAUUAUUUAAGAUAACAAUUCAACUAGCGCAACCAUUAGACCAGUAGCCUUCAAAUAAAAACUACGUAAUUGCGAUUCGCAAACAAUGACUACUGAAAUCCUUUAUAAUUAGACUAAAAGAAGUCCUAGCCGAGGUUGAAUCUUCAUUACAAACAAAGUGUUUUUUUCUGUUGGAAUUAGUAUUGCCGUUUCGUCCAACAUUAACUCAUUGAGAUCAAGUUCAUCGUCACCAUCAACUCCAUUGGAUGAUUGAAUAUUCGUCGAAUGAUAACAUUUAAUCAAGUCGUUCUGCACAUGGACACCUUCAGGUACCAAUUCGCGUGGCUGCUGCCAGUAUCUAUUACACAUAUGUGUUGUUUGCCUGACGAAACUGAAGUCACAUUAUAAUAAACUUUCUUUUCACGUUGUAGUGAACCCGCACUUUUUCUUUGAAUCCAAUGUAAUAAUCAUCAAUUAGAUUAUCAUUCACCGUAUAUUUAACCCGCAGACGCCGAACGGCAAUUAUCUUAACAUCAAAACGGAACAUACAGCAUCCGUACAACCAUACAAACGCAAAUUGUGUGCACAGACAAAAAAUAGCGAGUAAAGCAAACCCUAAAAAAAGUCAAUAAACAACAACCCUUGAAUCAACUCGAA